UGUACUCGUCUUAAGGCAACGUAAGCAAACCCCAUGACGUAGAUGACGACGUAUGUUGACGAAGGAAAAAAAAGAUGGCGUCGGUAUCAGAACUGUACGAUGUGGGUUGGGAAGAGAUGAGAGACAAACUUCGUAAAUGGAGGGAGGAUAACUGCAGAAAUAGUGAACAAAUAGUGGAUGUUGGUGAAGAGCUCAUCAGCGAACACGGCUCAAAACUGGGAGAUGACAUAUGGAUCAUUUAUGAGCAGGUGAUGAUCGCAGCUCUUGACUGCAGUCGGGAUGACUUGGCCCUGACCUGUCUACAGGAACUGAGGAAACAGUUUCCAGAUAGCCACAGAGUGAAGCGAUUAUCGGGUAUGAGGCUGGAAGCUUUGGAAAGGUACGAUGAGGCCAACAAGCACUACGACAGUAUUCUUCAAGACGACCCCACUAAUACGGCAGCAAGGAAGCGCAAGAUCUCCAUACUCAAGGCCCAGGGAAAAAGCACCGAAGCUAUCAGGGAGCUCAAUGAGUACCUGGAGCAGUUUGUUGGGGACCAAGAAGCGUGGCAUGAGUUAUCCGAGCUCUACAUCAAUGAACAUGACUAUGGAAAAGCUGCGUUUUGCCUGGAGGAGCUGAUGAUGACCAAUCCUCACAAUCACUUGUACUGUGAGCAGUAUGCCGAGGUGAAGUACACUCAGGGGGGACUGGAAAACAUGGAGCUGGCCAGAAAGUAUUUUGCCCAGGCGCUGAGGCUGAACAACCGAAACAUGAGGGCAUUGUUUGGUCUCUACAUGUCGGCAAGUCACAUCUCUGCCAGUCCCAAAGUUAGUGCCAAGGUGAAGAAGGACAACAUUAAGUAUGCCUCCUGGGCUGCCAAUCAAAUAAACAGAGCUUAUAAGCUGGCUGGUCGUGGAACAAAAGAGAGCAAGGGCUCAGUGAAAGUGGUGGAGGAGAUGCUGGAGUCCAUGCAGAUCACCAUGUCAUAGGUGCUUGGAGCAGCUGGGGGAAACCAUUUCUCUCUUUAACCCCUUCAGAGUUUUAGUUCUGUUAUUAAUACAUUUACAUGAACUGUAAAAGGCGUUUCUUUGUCUCAUGUGAAGAUUUUCCUCUGACAGCAGAAGCUAAAUGCAAUAGCUGCAGUUGGACUCUAAUGGACUGUACUGCAUGCUCCCAAAUGCAUUUUUGUUUAUUUUUUAUCUGAAUUUAGGACAACUGAGCUAUAACCAUGAGAACGUAGAAACCUAGCUGUACAAACUGCCAUUUAUUUAUUCACACAGUAUGAGAUCCCACAUGUUUGCACUGAGCUGCUUUUCUGUUGAAUUUCUAAAAAAUGUCUUAAUAAAGUAGAGAGAAAACUUCA